UACGACAGGACACAACCGGCGAUAUUUAAGCGGACCCUCCUCACACUGUGACACGACAGUGAACCUGUCGCUACGGAGCCUCCACCUUGUGCACGAGGGGACUGUAUUCCACAACACCGUGACUGUUUUGCGGAGGUGGUUCCUUCCCUUGCCCGCAACGUUUGUUUAGAGAGAAUUCCUUUCAUGGAGAAAAGCUGCCAGAGACUCGUCUAGGUGCAGGACAGCGUGCGACUGAUUUGCCAGUGUUGGAAGCAAGUGUCGUUUAUUUAGUUUUCUCUUAAUUUCUGGGUAGUGCUUUUCUUGCUCUUAUUUGUUUUUUGCGUGUUUUCGGAUUUUGGUGGCAGGGGAUUGCUUGAAAAAGAGAAGCCAUGCCCGCAUCACAUGUGGCAAUGGCAUUCCCAGCAAGAAUGUUAUGGCAAGGCGUCCUGCUCUGGUGCCUUCUGCUACCAGCAUCUCUGGGCUUCCUGGAACCAGGAGACGUUGUCAGCGUCGCCCGUCGCCAGAUGGAAACUCUGCCACCGCACAUGGCACAGCCAGAACCAUCGUGUUCGCAGCUACGUGCCAUGUGGCGGCACAUGCACCGCAUGGCGCGCCAUAGUCAAGUGACCAAUGAGAUCCCGCGGUUCCCUGCCGCGUAUCCGUUCGGCUUCGUGUCCCCCGAUACGCAACCCAAAGUGUACUACACCAGUAGAAGUCCGGUUCCUCAACAUUCGUCGUUCGGGAAAAUCAUACGAAAGCCGAAUCGAAGCAAGGGGCGACUGGCGGCGAAAGCAGGUUACCAGGACACGGGACGACGGGAACCGGUUCGUGCCCCGCCUCUGGGACGUUUUGAAGACUUCCCGUUACCUCGUGAGUCGCUCGGCAUGUUCGGCACGCUUGUGAGGAGUCCCGAGGAGAAGGCUAAGCUGCAAAGGAAGCAACCGACAGGGCCCUACGGGAGCUGGGGCACGAUUUCGCAGGAACCGCGUAGGAUGAGGCCCGACGCUGUCGCCGUGGAAUCGCCAAAUUCCCGUUCGCAGAGUCUCGACAGGAAGCAGGAAUGGUGCCGGAGGAAUGUGCUGAAUCAGCAAUGCAAGACUCACCAGGAUUGCUUUUGUCCUCGCACAAAAUAUUUCUGCUCCGCGGGGAGAUGCAGAGCGUCACUCGUGAGAAAAGCUAGCGACCAGUGGGGAAGCUGGUACGACGGUCCGCUGGAGUCAACCCGCCUGGGGGCCAGACCGGUGGCAUCGUCCUCGCUUGGUUUUCCGAUCUCGAACAACGUUUAAAGGUCCACUCAGCUGGAAACGACGGCGGACAGAGACAUGGGACGAACAUUUUUAUUCUUCCUCUGUUGUUUCCGAGCAUAUAAGAGUUCUUCUGUUCAUCCUUUGUAUAACUUCCAACAAUCAAUCUUCUGCCCGUCGCAUUCAUUGUCCCGUUAUGGGAUGUCCAAUUCAGCACGAAGUUCUCAUUGUGAUAACAUUGAGUUGCCAGCAGGAUUUAUCGUGUGAUGUUCUAUGGACGGCGAAAGCAAUGACAGCAACAAGGCGCAGCUUACGGAAUGUCUCGAAAUAUUGUAUCGUCUCUGACGUCACACAAAGGCACGAGAGCUAAUCAUAGAAAAGUCACGGAGAAAAAAAAAAUGCCGAUAGCAGUGAAGAAACUGACAAACAUUAAUCCUAAAGCGGUUUGCCUCAUAUUAUGGAGCUCAAUUGCUAUCCCUCAGAUGACACACCUGUUUGGAAAACAAAAACAAAAAUGGCUGCGUCUUCGGGGUCAUUGUGCCAAACCAACACCACCUAGAUAUCACAAGACCUGCGCCCUAUAACGUCACGCAAGGAGGCCUGCGUGAGCUUUGCGAGCUGCUUUGAGCUUUUCUCUUGUUAGCUCUUUCGUUGACGUCCUCCCAGUGCCAGGUAUAGUGCGCCAGGCCUUCUGCUAUCUAGGAGGUGUUGGCCAAACGCGUUUCAGCGCUGUAUCUUCCAGAGCCAUCGCUGACGAAAAUUUUUUGAUCACAUCGUCCUGGAAAGUUACUGACAGACCCACAGCGUGAUAGGCUAUCUUUUAACGUGUCGUCAAAUUAUUUUGUGCUGGUGUCACCAACAGGAGGGCGCACUCUUAGAACAGAGCUUCACCGCCAAACGGUGUUCCCUGCCGAGCAUCUUUCCGAAUAACACACAUACUAUUUGUGACACUCGUGCUGUUAUGGUAGUUGUCACAAAAAGGCGUACGAGCUGCGUUUUCCACAAAUCCGGAGUGAUAUCGAGGUUGUUCUGUGCAGCUGUUGACCUUUAGCGUGCGCUGUUGUGAAGUUCUUUUUUACGUUGUAGUGACUGUGUUUGGAAAUCGUAGUCUGACCGUUUCGCAGUGAUUGAUCGGUGGUUAGUGAUGUAUUGAGGGGACGAGGUGCGAUUCAAAGUACGAAGAAUCAAACCGUGUUUCCUUGUGCGUCUUGCCUCUUAGCGCACGCUGUGUUUGGACUGGAAAGGAGCGAGAGUGCUGGCAACUCUGUCCUAUGUACAUACACAGUUCAUUCCCCGGAGUAGCGUGCUCAGUUGUGGCGAAUUCGUGUGGUCACUUCGUUGCAACUUUUUGUUUUUGUUUUUUUUUUUUUUUUUUUUUUUGCCAGAUCCCGCCCGGUCUCGAGAGUUCUGCCAGAUCUCGCAUGUUCGCGUGCCGCAAAAUCGCGUGCCGCAAGCACCAGAAAUUUGCGAGCUAGCACUUUUUCCGCCCGACCUCGAAGUGACCGGGCAGCGGAUUGCCCAACUAUAUCUGCUAUCGUCACAUCUGCAUCGCGAAGGUGGCGAGGGCCCUUAUUGGCCCACACGUCGAAGUUCACGUGGGUUAGCAGACGACGGAACCCGAAGACGCGCGACCGCGAUGCCGCUAGCGUGAUCCAAGCAUCUAAAACCGCUAGAUUCCUGUGGCGCUCAAUGUUCGGCUGACAGCGGUCACGUGAUCUAGCCACGGGCGCCGACCUAGCAACUUCCGAGCGCUAGGUCAUGUUGCCACGAAACGACCACCCGAAUUCGCUAUUCGUGUGUUUUUCUUUGUCGUAUCAACGGGCUUCCUACAAAACGACUGGUCGUGUGGUAUGUAUCUUCGAAGACGCAUAUCAGAGACUCACAAAUGUGUUCACAGAAGUCGCUCUAUUUUUCUGUGGAGGUUAUUAAUGGUACAUGUACCUCUCUGCGUGGUGCACUUUUACGAAACGGUGUAGUGUUAGACUUCCUCUCCCGUGUACCUCAUUGUACAUCAGAUGCCCCCUUUUGGCUCCCACGCGAAAAAUCAAACGUCAAUUGUAUCUGCUUCGGCAAUGGCUUCUAUCGUUCUGACUGUUCGUGGUUUUUUUUUUAAAAACAAUUUAUAAUGAUCGAGCGCAAACAUGCUAAAGUGUGAAAAUGUCACUUAGUGUAUUACCUCCUGAACACUGUAUUCUCGUGUUUUUAUUGCUCUCGUUAAUGUCUUGCCUUUGACCACAGAUAUCAAGUUCUUGUUCUGUUCACAAGGAGCUUGAACAUUUGAGGGGUUCAUUUUUGUUAUUUUCUCCAAUAGAAAAAAAAAAGAAAGAAAAGACGGAAGACUUACAUGUACUACUUCAUGAAGUGCUCAUCGAACCACGUCGAUAUCAAAAUGCAGGAAGGAACUUUGCGACGUAUGAACGAAUGGUUGACUCUGUAGGCGCGCAAGAAUGCAAAGUGGCGUUAAAGGAGCAGUGAAAGAUUCCUGACUGAUUGAGCUAUUUAAAAAAAUAUGGAGACGUGAGGACAGACAAAGUCGGGUCAGGCUACUCCAGAACUCGUAAAUGAAAAAGAUAGUAGAAAAAUCAACCUCAAUAUGACCAACAGGAAUUUAAAAUAAAUCCAUAGAUUUCAUAAUUAAGUGUGCUGACACAAAAACAGCGGUCGUAGGUGACCUGCGGAACGUGUGGGGACAAUUUGCCCCGAGAACGGCACUCUAGAAGCCUCUCAACUCCUUGAAAGGGCACGUAAGAGAAUGAGCGCGGUUGAACGUCACUCUGUGACUCAGGGGCACCUGAUGGGCGGGCCCAGAGCCGUUUUGGGGGAGUUUGACCAUUCUUCGAUGUUUUGCCGCUUCGUCGGUGGAGCCUGUUUGGAUGUGACAGUCAUUGUUGCGCCUUCGGAAAAGCCUGAAUCCAAGCGGAAGCCGUCCGGAAGCCGCUUCUUUGAUCCGCGCCAUUUUGAUGCAGCCGGUCAGCUGAUCGAUAUGUGCUUUGUCGCGUCCGGAACCGCCGGUUUGCGGCCCACAGCCACCUGUCAUAUCCGGGGCCUGGUCGCCAGUAACUGCGAUAUUUUAAGGCGGAGGGCUCUCGAGGGACGACACGUGCACGUGUCUUCUCUCAUUGGACCGUAAUAAACGACACUUUGCAUUAAUAUAGCGUCGGCUUUCUUUUUUUUUUUUUUACGGACCUGCGUUAGUCGUGACGUUGCCCGCCUUGCGAGGCCGACUACGGCAAGCAGUUACACCACCACCACCACCACCACCAUAGCGUCGGUGACCCGCUGGGGGUGGGCCAACAAUAGAGUAUGGCGAGGGGGGACGUUCAAUAGUGACGUCACAUGGUAUGCUUCAAGUUGUGCUCCUCCAAAUGGCCAGACUCUCCCUAUAAGCGGCUCUGGGAGUGCCGAUCAGGUGGCGCCCUCGCGGCUGGUCGCUAUUCUUACGUCACAGCUGUGUGCUGCUUACGUCACGGCACAGGUCCUGCCGCACCUCCAAGGUAACGCCGCUCCGUGGGUGGUGGUCUUUCCGGGUGUUUCUCGUGAAUUUAAUUUAGCGCUAGGAUAUCUACUCUCUAGUAUAUAUCAUCUACUGUGCUGGUUUAAUAAAACAAAUUAUAAUGAAAUUUAUUUUGCUGUAUUCUUAACUAUUAAAUAUACUAAUUAAAUUGUAAGUGUUUAAGCUUGAAGACAAUGUCCAGCGAAAAUAUUUUGCAUGCUUUUAGACUUCUUCAUUAAUUUCUCAGUUUUCGACCUCCCGUAAAUGCCUGUUCACUGCUCCUUUAAGUGUGUCACUGUGGCUUGCAGCUUGCAAUGUUGCUUAUGUUUGGUUUUCUGGGUGAGAAGAAAAAUCUAGCUCUCUAUCUCCUUUUCCUUCUUUCCGUUUUUUGUACUAUGUACUGCGUUUUCCGCAUCCUUGAGGAUGGAAACAGCCUGCAGACAGCAGCGCAUGAUGUCGAAAACGAAUAGGUAUCGACGUAUCACACCAACAGGAAGUUACUUAGGACCUCAGUAAUCGAAAAGCAAGUCACCUAAGAACACGCCAGAGGGUCAAAGUUCAACCAUACUUCCGAUCUAUAGAUGCGCUGACAGCUGACUUCAGCUUCGGAUAAGACAGACAACAUGAAGUGUAUGUGUGUCUGUUGCUCACGUAGUACUAUGCCUUAUUAGCGUUGCCUAUGUUAGUAUACUAAUCCUGUAAAACUGCAGCUCCCAUUAACUCGGUCCCAGCCUCUUCCGACUUGAAUGCCCAAGUACCGUCGCGUUGAUGCUCACACAUAUGUAUCGGUAUUCAUCACUUUCCGGGACGCCAGUCGCGUCCAUACCUGCAUCAAUUAUCCCAUAACGUACGUAUGAUGUACCAUAACAUAUAAAAAUGUGUUCAACACCUAGUGAUAAUUUGCGUCGUUGUUGCGAAGACGUUACUUGGAACCAUGAGCAUGAAAGUCUUCUGUACAGAACCUAUUGAACGAUGAAUAAAAAUGGAAAUAUG